AUGAUUUGCAUAUUACGACUCGUGGCAAUUCUAGCGCUUGGAAUUGCGAUUGCAGAGUGUGAAGUUCGCAGUUAUGCCGAUUAUAUGGUUUGCCGUUUCCAGACACCGGAUCAGAGACAUGUAAUUGAAGAUAUUGUGCGACCUUUGACUAAUGACUACGAUAUAUGGACCCGCAAUGAAGAUUUUAUUGAUAUAAGGUUACCGAAGAAGGUUGGCAAACUAGAAGGAUGUGAUGUAAUGAUAGAAAAUUUGGAUCAGGUUAUCGAGGAAUCGUUUCCCAACAGGAUGGAGAUUGAUGAAGUUCGCUCGAGUGGUCAAGUACCGUUUGAUACACUAGGAUCAUCAGAUUUCUUCUUCCAUGAGUAUAGGGACUUGGAGACUAUUUACACAUGGCUUGAUCUUUUGGAGCACAGUUUCCCUCAUUUGGUCACAAUCGAAUGGGUUGGUGAAACAUAUGAGGGAAGAUCUUUGAAAGCACUUCAUAUUUCGACAAAAAAUCCAGAGACAAACCCCGAAAAGAAAACAAUUAUCAUGACAGGUGGAAUACAUGCUCGUGAAUGGAUCAGUAUUAGUUCCGUGUGCUGGACAGUGUACCAAUUGUUGACAAAAUAUGGGGUUUCGAAGAAAGAAACUAAAUAUUUGGAUCACUUGGAUUUCCUUAUCAUUCCAGUGUUUAACCCCGACGGGUACGCCUAUACUUGGGAGCACGACCGUCUAUGGCGUAAGAAUCGUCAGGAGACAUUUGUCCCAAGCUGUCCGGGAAUCGAUAUCGAUCACUCAUUUGGAUUCCAAUGGACUUCAAACAAUGAGUUUCCGUGUAGCGAAGAAUACAGUGGCGAGCAGCCUUUUGAAGCCAUCGAAGCUUCAUCAUGGGAUCACUAUUUGAACACUACCAAGGGUGAAUAUAAAGUUUAUGGCUUCUUAGAUUUCCAUUCGUAUUCGCAAGAAGUACUCUAUCCUUAUGCCUACUCAUGCGAAGCGGUUCCUCGUGAUCUAGAGAAUUUGCUUGAGCUCUCCUACGGUCUAUCCAAGGCUAUUCGCAACAGGUCGAAUAAGUACUACAAAGUGACUGCCGCUUGUAAGGAUAGAGGUUCUGAUUUAACCCCAGGUCUUGGGUCAGGUUCGGCGCUCGAUUUCAUGUACCACCAUAGGGCUCACUGGGCUUUCCAAUUGAAAUUGCGGGAUACUGGCAAUCAUGGGUUCCUGCUACCAUCGAAAUUCAUCGCACCGGUUGGCAAGGAAACUUAUGCCGCGGUCAAAUACUUUUGUUCAUUUAUAUUGGACCCUUCUGUAUAA